UUGCGCGAAUUACUGCGCCCGGUGUCGGUGCAAGGCGUCAUGGAGCACUCCCUCCAGCAUCGCGAGCGAGUCGGAGUCCAGGACUUCGUGCUGCUGGAAGACUUCCGCUCUGAAGCAGCAUUCAUAGACAACCUGAAGAAACGCUUCCAUGAGAACAUUAUAUACACGUACAUCGGUAACGUGUUAAUCUCGGUGAAUCCCUACAAGAACCUUCCCAUAUACACGGAGGAGAAACAGAGGCUGUACUACAAGAAGGCUUUCUUUGAAGCGCCGCCACAUGUAUUCGCUAUCGCCGACAACGCAUACAGAUCUUUAGUGUAUGAGCACAGGGAACAAUGUAUAUUGAUUUCAGGAGAAUCCGGUUCAGGUAAAACCGAGGCGUCCAAGAAAGUUCUAGAAUACAUCGCAGCCCGUACAAACCACCUUCACAAUGUGGAGACGGUUAAAGACAAACUGCUUCAAAGCAAUCCGCUCUUGGAGGCUUUUGGGAACGCCAAAACGAAUAGAAACGAUAAUUCCAGUCGCUUCGGGAAGUACAUGGACAUACAGUUCAACUAUGAAGGAGCGCCCGAAGGUGGACACAUCUUGAACUAUUUGCUAGAGAAGUCCAGAGUUGUGAGUCAAAUGGCCGGAGAGAGGAACUUCCAUAUAUUCUACCAACUGCUGGCCGGUGGAGACCAGGAACUGAUGAAGCAGUUGAGGCUGCAAGGAAGAUCGGAAGUCUACAAAUAUACUACCGACCUGACAUCAGCGAGUCAGAAAAUGAACGACGCUGACCAGUUCCGCGUCGUGAGGGAGGCGAUGAAGGUCAUCGAGAUAGGAGACAGCGAACAACGAGAGAUGUUCGAGAUAGUAGCCAGCGUGCUGCAUCUCGGCAACGUGAAGUUCGUGCAGAACGAUAAAGGAUACGCUGAGAUACUCAACCACGACGCUAACAGCCAGAACGUCGCUGAGCUUCUGAAAGUAAACACAACGAGAUUGCGCGAAGCUCUGACCAGUAGGACGAUCGAGGCUCGCGGGGAUGUCGUCAAUACGCCUCUAGAUUUGGAGCAGGCUCAUUACGCCCGGGACGCGCUCGCUAAAGCCAUCUAUGAGAAACACUUCGGCUGGCUGGUCGCCAGACUGAACGCCUCACUGGCUCCCAAAGAUCAAGACGCAAAAGCAUCAGUCAUCGGUAUCUUGGAUAUAUAUGGAUUCGAAAUUUUCCCUAAAAAUAGUUUCGAGCAGUUCUGCAUCAACUUCUGCAACGAGAAGCUGCAGCAGCUGUUCAUCCAGCUCACACUCAAGUCAGAACAAGAAGAGUAUCUGAGGGAAGGCAUCGAGUGGGAACCCAUCGAAUACUUCAACAACAUUAUUAUAUGUGACCUCAUAGAAGAGAGACAUAGAGGCAUCAUAUCGAUCUUGGACGACGAGUGUCUCCGGCCCGGCGAGGCAAAUGACCUCAGCUUCUUAGAGAAACUCUCUCAAAGACUUGACGGACACAAACACUUCAAGUCACACAAGAAAGUCGACUCCAAGACGCAGAAACUGAUGGGACGAGAUGAGUUCUGUCUGGUGCACUACGCGGGUGAGGUGACGUACAACGUGAACACUUUUAUUGAGAAGAACAACGACCUGCUGUUCAGAGACCUGCAGGGACUCAUGGCGGCCAGCGGGAACAAUAUAGUCGGACGGUGCUUCAAGGACAUGAAUCUAAUGAGCAAGAAACGUCCUGAGACAGCGGUGACCCAGUUCAAGGUGUCUCUCAACGAGCUGAUCAAGAUCCUCAGCAGCAAGGAGCCCUCGUACAUCAGGUGUAUCAAACCCAACGACUUUAAAACACCCAUGCACUUCGACGACAAGCUGGUGUCUCACCAAGUGAAGUACCUCGGACUGAUGGAGAACCUGCGCGUGAGACGAGCGGGCUUCGCUUAUAGGAGGCAGUAUGAUGCCUUCCUUGAAAGAUAUAAAUGUCUAAGCCCUGAAACUUGGCCUAAUUACCGCGGCCCAGCGCGGGAGGGAGUACAGAAAUUAGUGGCGGCUCUACGAUAUGAGAAAGAGGAAUACAGAAUGGGCAACACGAAGAUAUUCAUCCGUUUCCCAAAAACGUUGUUCGAGACAGAAGACGCGUUCCAGAUAAAGAAGAACGACAUCGCUACCAUCAUACAGAGUCGCUGGCGAGGAUACAGACAAAGGAAGAAGUACUUGGAAAUGAAGAGGGCUGCUAUCAUCAUACAGAAGUGGGUGAGGAGGUUCCUCGCGCAGAGACUUCGGGAGAGGAGGAGGAAGGCUGCUGACGUUAUUAGGGCAUUCAUUAAAGGUUUCAUAACCCGUAACGGUCCGGAGACGGUAGAGAACCGUCGUUUCCUCGGCAUCGCUAAGGUCCACUGGCUGAAGCGACUCUCGACUCAGCUGCCCACACGGUUACUCGACCUGAGCUGGCCGCCCUGCCCCGCCACCUGCCAAGAAGCAUCCAAACAACUACACAAGCUACACAGACUACAUCUCAGCAGAAAAUACCGCUUGGCUUUAUCACCGGAAGAUAAGAAGCAGUUUGAAUUGAAGGUGCUGGCUGAGGCUAUGUUCAAGGGUAAGAAGAACAGUUACAUCAGCAGCAUCCCGGAGCGGUUCGUGACGGACAGACUGUCAGACGAACAGCGAGUACUGAGAGACACGUUCAUGGCCUCACCCGCCUGGCCGGCGCAGGAGACACUACUUUACUCAUGCGAGGCGGUGAAGUAUGACCGUCGCGGCUACAAGCCCCGGCCGCGAUCUUUACUAGCGUCCUCCGCGGCGUUAUACGUGUUGGACGCGGGGUCGCGACGCAUGUUCAAAGUGAAGCAUCGCCUGCCGCUUGAUAAGCUGAGGGUGGUCGUGACUAACGAGAGCGACGGACUACUGCUUGUGAAGAUACCACAGGAACUAAAGAAGGAUAAGGGUGACUUGAUAAUAUCGGUGACUCACUUGAUCGAAGCUCUCACCAUCGUCACGGACUACACCAAGAAACCCGAGAUUAUAGAGAUCGUGGACACGAGGACCAUCGCCCACAACCUAGUGAACGGUAAGCAGGGCGGUACCAUCGAGGUGACUCAAGGCACGCAGCCCGCCAUACACCGCGCCAAGAGCGGGAACUUGCUAGUUGUGAGAAAGAGAUAG